AUGAUCGCUAUGGCCGGCGCGGUGGUCGCUGGUGUGGCAGCCGCGGCCACGGCGGGGAUUCUUGCCAUGGCGUCGUCGCGCGGCGACCAGCCUGAGGAUGCCACGCGCGCCGUGGCGGCGGCGGCGGCGGCGGCGUCCCAGGAGUGCGCGGUGUGCCUGUCGGAGCUGGCCGGAGCGGCGGGAUGCUCCGGCGACUCCGAGCCAUCGGCGGUGCUGGUGCGCGUGCUGCCGGGCUGUGGCCACGGGUUCCACGACGAGUGCAUCGGCAGGUGGCUGCUGCUGCGCCCAGAGUGCCCGCUCUGCCGCUGUCCCGUGGUCACCGCGGACAGUCGGCUAGCCAGGAAGGCCGUGCCGCUGGCGGAGGCCGUGCCGCUGGCGGAGGCCGCGCCUGCCUUGUCGCGGCCGGCUAGGAUCGCGUGCGGCUUCGGCGACGGGAGGGUCGUGUGGACGCGUAGCCCCCCCGUGGCAUUGUGA